CGACAUAUCUCCAGAUUAGUGGACCCUUAAACUGACACAGAGUACUUUUGGUGGUUGGAAGAAAACAAAGUCACAGAUGUUUGGUUUCUCCGACAAACGUGGAAUUAGGAAUCACAGUGAUGAUCAAGAGUUUAUCUCUGGCUUCUGCUCGCAUCUUCUUCUCUAGAACCUCUCCAUCUUUUCUUAUUCCCUUCUCAAAGCUCUCUGUAUCUCAUCGUCGGAAAUUCUCAGUAAUGGCCAGUGGAAGCGACGAGUUCGUGAAAGGAAAUGUUUAUCCAAAUGGCGUUGCUCUCAUUACUCUUGAUCGACCUAAAGCUCUCAACGCCAUGAAUCUAGAAAUGGAUUUGAAGUACAAAAGCUUGCUUGAUGAAUGGGAAUAUGAUCCUGGAGUCAAAUGUGUUGUCGUCGAAGGAAGCACAUCUCGGGCCUUUUGUGCAGGAAUGGAUAUUAAAGGAGUUGUUGCAGAGAUCCUAAUGGACAAAAAUACGUCUCUUGUGCAAAAGGUAUUUACAGCUGAGUAUAGCCUGAUAUGCAAGAUUGCUGGAUACAGAAAACCAUAUAUCUCUUUAAUGGAUGGCAUAACAAUGGGAUUUGGUCUUGGUCUUUCUGGACAUGGACGCUACCGAGUGAUAACAGAGAGGACGGUCCUCGCAAUGCCAGAAAAUGGAAUCGGCUUGUUUCCAGAUGUUGGAUUUUCAUAUAUUGCAGCUCAUAGCCCUGGCGAAGGAUCUGUUGGUGCUUACCUAGGUAUGACUGGGAGAAGGAUUUCCACACCUUCAGAUGCACUGUUUGUGGGUCUUGGGACACAUUAUGUACCAUCUGGAAAGCUAGGUUCACUCAGAGAAGCCAUUUUGUCAGCUGACCUUUCCAAGGAUCCCCAACAACACAUCCAAGCAACUUUAUCAAAUUACAGCAGUGAUCCUGAAACUGAGUCCCACCUCCAAAUGCUUUUGCCUCAGAUAGAAUCAGCUUUUAGUGUAAGUAAGUCUGUUAAGGAAACAAUAGAAGAGCUGAAAAAGUUCCAGCAGAGCAGUGAGGCUUCAGGUAUGAUAUGCAUUAGUCUCUUAAGGUUUCGACAAAGAAACUUCUUUUCUGCCUUUUAUAUUGAAAUACCAAACCCUUUGUGCUUGUAUGUUACCAAUCUUGAUUUCUAAGAAAGACUACUGUUAGUUGCUGUUUACAUUAAUGAAAUUGAAAUCGUUGUCUUGUGUCUGAGAAAUUUGGACACAAUGUUUGCGUACAGUUGCAGAAUGGGCUAAUGAAGCAGUCCAAGGCAUUGAAAAAGGGGCACCUUUUUCUCUUUACCUAACACACAAGUACUUCUCCAAAGUUGCUUGUGCCAAGGGUAAAACCAACAACGCCAUGGCAACACUUAACGGUGUGAUGAUAACUGAGUACCGCAUUGCUCUAAGAUCUGCAUUGCGCAGUGAUUUCACUGAAGGUGUUAGAGCAGUCUUGACUGACAAGGACCAGAAUCCGAAAUGGAAACCAGCGAGCUUAGACGAAGUAGAUGAAACCGAAGUGGACGCGCUCUUUAUGCCAUUAAGUCCUGAAUUUGAAGAGCUAAACGUAUGAACCAAACAACAGAGAUAUUGCUUAGAUCAUGAAUUGGUGAUUAUUGUGUUGCAGCUUUUGAACAUAUCCCAUAUAUUUAUCAAAUUUUCAAGUCGUAGAUUGAUUAACUUACAAACAAAUAAAUAUAUAAACACGGUAA